AUGGAGGACGACGCGUCGGCGAUGAACGACCUCAUCGAUGCGGCGAUCGUCAACAGCAUCCUCGCGCCCACGCCCUCGUUGAGUGAGCCGAUGCACUACCAGCAGCGCCAGAAGCUCGAGCUCGCGUACCUCCGGCAGCAAGCCGUCGACUUGAAGCUCCAGCUUGACGCGCUCACCAGCACCAAGACGUUGCAGGUGCAGACCAGCAGCAACUAUUGGGAAAAAGUUGCACGCAACCAGAAACUCGCGUCCGAGUUGGCGACGCUGGAGAAUGCUCGCCUCAAACGGGUGAUGGAAGACCAGCUCGUGCUGGCGUCAGCCCUCGAGAAAGUGCUGGCCAAGCGCCCGCGGCUCGCGGCGACACCGAUGAUGGACAUGGCCGACUGGAAGCUGCGCCGCCUCCCAACAGACCCCAGCAGCCGCGCCACGGCCUUUCACGCGAUCGUCGACGACGCGUAUCAUGCCCUCGAAACGAUGUUUGUGCGAAGUGGCAUCUGGGAUGACCCGCCAGGGCACCGGUCAUUGGGGGUGGCAGAAGACAACGACAUGAUUCUCGUGUCCAUCAAGAGCGUGGUCAACGUCACCGGGCCGUAUCUUGAAAUUGGCGACCGCUUCUGGUCCGUCUGGAAUGCGUCAGGAACAACCACGCCGCAGCAUUUGCGUCUCGAGAUUGUGGAGCGGUUUGAUGAAAAUGGAGUCUAUGUUCGCAUGAGCGUGAGCCUGGAUGCGACGAUGCCGUGCAUGUAUCUCAUGUAUGCGAUCAAGCGCUACGUGCUUGGCGACCGCGUCAUUAUCGUGCAAAGAAGCGUCCUUGACGACGAGUCGCACCCCGUGCCCCCCGGUGUCCUCGUCGGCAACUACUCGGCGUGUAUGGUGGCCCAAGCCAUCGGUCCGAAUUUGACGUCGCGUCGCGUUUGCGUCCAGGGUAAACUGCCUGCCCAGCCCCCGAUGGAGAACCCUCUGCGUCACCAAAACCUUCGCGUGAGCGACGCGGUCCUCAAGAUGGUCCGCCUCGUCUUCGAUACGCUUGAGCAACUCUUCAGCUAA